ACUUAACCUUCUUCCAUGCGACGAAGUUGACGUCGUUGGUUCACUGAGUCCAGAGUUCACCUUGAGUCAGGACAUUAGUUGGCGAUACGCUGUCUGGCAGAGGCCGCUUGGGCAGAUUGUUCUUUGACGCCGCCAGGGCCUCUUGCGCCACGCCGUAGAGGCGCGCACUAGCGCCGUGUUGGACGUGCGGCCGGCCGGCGCGCCGACAUACGGGCAUUUGUGUUGGACGAUGCCACAACAGGAGAACACCAUGGACACUCCAGGGGACUCAGUAGCUAAGCAGCCAUCAAGCAGCGCUAACAGUUUCUGGUGGCGCCAGCAUCUCGCUGCUUGUAUAGUUCUACAAUAUGCAAUAAGAAGGGUACAAAAGGGUAACCAUAAGAGCCAACCCUCUCAAAAAAGGAAAGAAAGGACCAGAAGACACUAA